AAAUUCCUUAAGUAAAUGCAAAUAUAUAAUAUGGAUUGUACUAACCGCCGUUCAAAUCAAACUGAAGGUGACUCGGAGUUAGGCGACAAUUUGAGUCGCGACGCCGCUUCUGAUGAUGAAGUGCGUGAUUGUGAUUCGAUCGAUGGUGAUCAUCAUGUAAUUCGUGCAAAGCGUUUAAAGGUCGCAACGCUGAAACGCAGCAAUAGCAGUGGCAAUAACAAUAGCAAUAGCCACAGCAAUAGCAAUAAAAACAAUCAUAACAACAAAAUUAUUGGUGGUGAUAUGAGUUUUGGUGGUAGCAGCGGCAGUGCAAGUAUUGCUGUGGCCAGCGGCAUGGUUGUGCGUAGUCCCGAUCAUCACGCUGAUCUUCAAAUAAGUCAUCAUCAUCAGUUUCCCUCAAGUCAUCCGCUAAAUACGCUCGGUAAUUUCAUGGGCAUUGGCGGUUUACAUGGCAUUCCAAGUCUACAACACAACGAUGUGCUAGAAAAGUUAAAAAUGCAAGUGCGUGAUAUGAAAGUGGGUCUAAUGGAAAAAGAUUACGCCGUUGCACAUGCGGCCUCCUUCGCGCCAAGUCUUUUACCCACCAGCUUGAAUUCUGCAUUCCCACUGCCGCCCACAUCAAUUGGUCAGUUCGAGCAUCGGGCACAGAGUCUAGCUGUGGUGGCUGGUGGUGGCAGUGGCAACGCGGGCGUCGUCAAUGGCAAUUCACCGACUUCACACAACAGCGCCGGUAGCAAUACGAGCGCGAGUGGUGCGCCCUCGUGUCUGAAGAAUAGUGGCGCCGGGCUACUUGGUGGUGGGGGUACUAGCAGUGGAAGCGCUGCCAUGGGUGGUGGUGUCGGCGGCGUUGGUGAAGGUGGAGGUGUGGGUGGUGGCGUAGGCAGUAGCAAUAGUGCCUUCUCAUUCACCUCGCCAACGGCGCCCAGCUCAAAAGACGUUAAUCCCGCAUCGAAUUCUUCAACAUCCAGUGAGGCUUCCAAUUCGUCGCAACAGAAUAAUGGCUGGAGCUUCGAGGAGCAAUAUAAGCAAGUAAGACAGCUUUACGAGAUCACCGAUGAUCCGAGGCGGAAAGAAUUUCUUGACGACUUGUUUUCCUUUAUGCAGAAAAUCGGUUCACCCAUCAACCGUUUACCAAUAAUGGCAAAAUCCGUGUUGGAUUUGUAUGAGCUAUAUAAUUUAGUAAUAGCGCGUGGCGGCCUAGUCGAAGUCAUCAAUAAGAAACUAUGGCAGGAAAUUAUUAAAGGACUACAUUUGCCGUCGAGUAUAACAAGCGCCGCAUUUACACUAAGAACACAGUAUAUGAAAUAUCUCUAUAAAUACGAAUGCAAAAAGAAGAAUCUUAGCACACUUGCUGAAUUACAGGCGGCUAUUGACGGCAAUCGUCGCGAGGGCCGUCGCUCCGGUUAUGGCCAAUAUGAGGCAAUGCGCAGUCAGUUGCAAAUGCCCCAAACCAGUCGUCAGUCAUUGCCAGCAGGAAUUCCACAAUUAUAUACGCAAGUCAGUAGCAAUCACCAAGCACAAGCGGCGGCCGCUGCUGCAGCAGUAGCACAGCAGAGAUUGAUAGGACAGAUAGGACAGAAUAUAGUAGCGCACGGCAUUGAACAACGCAUGAUGGAGUAUUUCAAUUUUCUGCAGGCGAAUAGUGAGCAGCAGAAUAGCGCUGCAGCAGCUGGAGAAGAGGGCGCUGGCGCCAAUUCUGCCAACACUGGUGCAGGCGAUGCAGCAGCAGCCGGAUCAACGGGAAGGGUGGGUGUGAGUCCGGCUAGUGCAAGUGGUCCAAAUGGUGGACCAAAUGGUUCAGGUGGUGCAGGUGGCACAAGUGGUACGGUUAGUAUCAGGCAUCAGCGUCAACAUUCAUUGAGUCCAGAGAUGUUUGGAAACGGGGGACUAAAUCCGUUCGAUAUGUCUCAUCUCGCUUUCUUGCAAAUCUACAACAAUGGCAAUGGCAAUUCAGCGGCGAUGAGUGCAUCCCCUCAGGGGAGUUUUGUUGGUGCAGGCGGCAUCAGUGGAGCAACACCUGGUGUCAGUGGGGUAGCAUCUGGCGUCAGUGGGAUAACAACUGGCGUCAGCGGUGGAGUACCUGGCUUUAGUGGUGGAGCACCUAGUUUUAUUGGAGCAGCAGCUGGUGUUAGUGGUGCAGCACCUGGCUUUAGUGGACGAGCAUCUGGCGCUAAUGGGGGAACGCCAAACGAGCAGAAUGAGGCAUUAAAUCUUUCGGAUUCGCUUCCGAAUAUCAAUAUCGUCAAACGCGAACGGGCAGAGCAACGGUCAUCACCGUAUGCCACCAACGAUUUUCAAAAUCGAUCGCAGUCGUCGCAACGUGGUGCCAAUGGCAACGUCAAUGGCGGCUCUAUGAAUUUUCCAGGCAACAUGUAUAUGCCACCCAACAUGGCUGCAGCGGCAGCAGCAGCAGCCGCAGCUGCGGCGGCGGCCAAUUUUCGGCAACAGACGGGCAAUCUGCCGCCGUACACUGAUGAUGAAGAUGAAGAAGAUGACGGGGAUGUACACAGCAUCAUCAAUUCAUUGGCACGUCGCGAAGAGAACAACCGGGCAGCAUCAACGAAUGUUCAUCAACAACGCCAACAUUUGGCGCAUAAUCGAUAUGGCGGCACCAGAAUAAAUGGCAAUAACGACAGGUCUAGAGAUUCGGCCAUUGCCAAUUCACCCCCGACCAGUGGGGUGUCGUCUGGUGGUAGUGUCAACAACAAUAGCGAUGGCCACAGAAAUGUACACAUGUCAAAGCGGCAUAACGUUUAUGGCACGCCGGCAAUGAGCUGUGCCACCGAUGCUAGGCGCACACAGUCUGUGGAACCGGGUUUUGGUGAUGUAGAGAAUGCAUUGAACCUGUUGUCCAGCCUCGCGUUCCAGCUGUCACGAAAUGGUUACUACAGCAAUGGUCAUCCGCAGCUAGUUGUAAAUCUGAACAUAAAUAACGUUAAAUAUUCGGGUAUGCUAGUGGCCGAGUCUACCGGUAGUGCCAGCUCACCCGGUGCCGUAAGCCCCAAUACGCCGGGAAGUAAUAAUAUGAGAGAUAUGCUGCCAGAAGAACCAAAUGCAAAUGGUAUGAACGGCGGUGCAAAUGGCACGAAUGGUGGCCACGAAAAUGACAGCAUUGGCGAUGGCGACCACUCGAUUAGUAUGGAAGAAGAAAUGAGGGAUGAGCUAAACGAGUCUGGAGUCAAUAGGAAUAGGAUGGAUCAAUCGCCUCAGUAGGCGAGUUGGUUAAGGAAGGAUUGACUCGAUUGGCGGCUAGUGGAACACAGGAAUUACUAUUAUACGAGAACAUUAUUCUUAUACGGCAUUCAAGCACUUCACCCGCUGAAGUUGGUUCUUCAAUUAAUUUCAGUUAAAUAAGGUUAGGUUAGGAUACUUUUGGAGUACAUUUGAAAUUCACCUACACAUUUGUGCAAAAAAAAAAUUUAUAUAUUUUAUACAACAACCUAUAAUUUUAAGUCACGAUUAUUACGCCAUUGAAGUUUAAUGUUAAAUCACUGAAGUAAUUAAUGUAGCCAACAAAAAAAAAAAAAAAAACAUUGUAGAAGAAUGUACAUAUUUAAAUGUAAAACGAAAACAAAAAAAAACACUGGUAGUGUGUAAAUUCAUGUCCUCCAUAUUGAUUAGAUUUUAAAAGAAUUUUAUUAUUAUUAAAUUUUUUUUUUUAUUUUCUCUCGUUACGCGUUUUCGAUCACGCCUUCAUUCAUACAUUUGUACAUAUUUAUUUUACAACUCUUAAAUUUAUGUAUUGUUUUGAAAUUCUAAUGAGACGUUUGAUGCUACGGAGCCACGCUCAUGCAUUUGCUGUCCAACAGCUUAUAUGUGUGUGUGCGUGUCGGGUGACACACGUACUUGCUUCGUGUCAUACUUGGCCGACUUGUUGUCGGCUUUUGCAUGAUAAAAAUCAAAAAUCUUAGAUUUUUUUGCGGACAAGCGUCAUGCACCCGACACGCACACAUAUACGCCGCUGGACAGAAAAUGCAUGAGCGUGUCCCCGUAGCAUGAGACCACCUUUCAAACAAGCUACAGUGGCAAUUCGAUAAUCUGAACUAAUGCGUGUAGAUCAUUGUUAAAUAAAUAUAUAAGUUUAUUGAAUUAUAUUAAAAGAGUUCAUGAAAAUUAAGUUAUUUCAAAUAAAAGGAAGCUUUCGAGUGAUAUAAUAUGCAAUAUAAAAAUACCAAAUUUAGAAACGAAAUAGUUUUAAAAAAUAUUUUGUGUUUACUACAAUAUUUUUUUACAUUGCCUCAUUUUAUGUUAUAUUUUAAUUUACAGUUACGAACAAUUGAUCUAUUUCAAUCAUUA